UGCGUGGUGUAUGCGUUGUAAUUUCAUUGUGUUUGUGUCUUGAAUGUUGUUUGUCAUGCUGCACGCUUAAAUUGAAUUAAUUUACCAGUGCGGGCAUAGUGCGGUCACAUAUUUACUUUCAAUUGUCAGUUGCAUUCAUUCAUUCAUAAAAACACCACAACAAGAGGAAAAUUGUGUUUAUAACGAAAAUAGUGACACCACAAGUAGGAAAAACGUGAAGGGUGCUCAUGGUGUGAAUUAUAUCAUGGUGCUUAUCGUGUUUAUACCUUUGUGCCAGUGAUAAGGUGUUGUUUUAAAGUUUUGAUUAUGAACAAGUCGAUUGUAAAGUUAUAACGCUGGGAAAACAGUGAAAAACAUGGAAAUGAAGAGUUUUAAUCUUAAAACAGAGUUAAACACAAAGUUAUGUCAGCGAGCUUGAUCGGCCAGCAGCGGCGCGACCAUGGUGGAAAGAAACCGCCCUCGCUCUCACAAUCAUCUAAGUUGUUUCGAGAGAUUAUCCUACAGCGUUAUUUCUUCUACUGAGUCAUUCUUUUAUGCUUUGGGAAAAUGCGUCGCCAAAAAUCCUUUCCGUACAAUACUCAUCUGUUGGCUCUUCGUCAUUGUCAGCUCCCUGGGUCUCCUCCGCUUCUACCAAGAGAAGAACCCAAUGGGUCUUUGGGUCCCAGCCAACUCUCAAUUCAAAAAAGACUCUGAUUGGUUAAUGGGCACUCUUGAAACAGCCUACCGUGUGGAAACCGCCAUCAUUGAAGCUGACGAUGUCCUCAUUCCUGAAGUAAUUCAAAAAUUAUAUGAUAUUGAUCAACGCGUGCGCAGUGUGAUAAGUUCCAUGGGAUACACCUAUGAGGAUCUGUGUUUUAAGAUACCAGAAAUGGACUCUAGUCUAAUGCUGUUGAUGAAUCCUCCGUCGCAAAGCAAACAAAAGAACAAAAAAAUGGCGAAAAGUGAACAUUUAGGAAAUAAUAAUACAAAUACAAACGGUGUGAUAAAAGAUGUUGGUGAUGAUAAUAGUGAUGAUGAUGAGUUUGAUCCUUCGGUGCAUUUUGAUCAGCAUACAUAUUGUAAUCUGGUUGAAUCCAUGGAUAUUGUGUGUUAUGGUCAGACGGUGCUGGAUUUGUGGCAGAAUAGUGAGAGGAAGAUUAGGAAACUCACCAAGGAGAAAAUUCUCGAAAGGAUUAAUGCCAUGAAACAAGACCCGAUUCUUGGAAAUCUCAAAAACUACGAGUCUCUUCUUGGAGACGUGCGUCGUAAUUCCACUGGACAUAUAAUCGCUGCGCGAACAUUACGAGCAUCAUGGAUGACACACUUGAACUUUUCUGCUGUGAAUAUGGACGAUGUGGGCAACUAUGCUGGUACCACCGAAUGGGGUUCUGCAGAAUGCCUAGACUGGGAAACUUCAUUUCUACGCGUUAUGGAUGAAUCUCAACAAAGUCUACGACAACAAAAUGAAAACAUCACUUUGUAUUACUCUUCUGGUCGAAGUUUUGGUGAUAUAAGCGGCGAAUCAAUGUUCCAAGGCAUCGAAGUCCUCUUCAUAGGCAGUGUAAUAAUGCUCCUCUACGUACAAUUCGUCAUUUCCAAGUUCAACUGGGUAGAAAUGCGUGCUGUACUCGGUGCAGUCGGUCUCCUCUCAGUCGGAAUGGCACUCAUGGCGGGUUGCGGAAUAUGCUCACUCUUCAAAGUCCCAUUCGGACCAGUACACACAUCACUACCAUUUCUUCUCAUGGGUCUAGGCGUAGACGACAUGUUUGUGAUAGUGGCAUGUUGGGAUCAACUCACCGCAGAGGAACGCAAACAACCCUUACAUGAACGUGUUGGUAUUAUGCUCAAACACGCAGGAGUAUCAAUCACUGUAACAACCGCAACAGAUGUGCUUGCAUUCGUAGUUGGAUCUACAACAGUAUUACCAUCGUUACAAUCUUAUUGUCUGUAUACAGCAAUCGGAGUUUUACUUACUUUCAUCUUCGUGGUGACGUUUUUCAUCGCGUGUUUCACCAUAGAUCAAAAACGCUUGGAGAAUUCUUACAAUGGAGUUCUACCAUGGAUCAAAUACGAAAACUACAAACCGAAUAAGUUUAGUCAAGCAGGAACAUCACAUAGAGUAUUCAAAACAGUAUAUUCUAAGGUUAUCCUUACAUGGCCAGGGAAAUUAGCUGUUGUUUCGGUGACGCUGAUCUGCCUAGGAUUCAGUAUUCAAGGAUGUUUGAGACUCGAACAAAAGUUUGAUCCGACGUGGUUUAUACCAGAUCAUACAUAUCUGGGGAAGUUUCUGGAAAAGAAAGCGAUUUACUAUCCGAAUUAUGGAUUUGAAGCCGGGACUUACAUCGGUGCUGUGAAUUAUACUCACGAGUUGGGGAAUUUAAAGGAAAUGGUGUUCCAGUUGAAUAAUUGUACUGAUAUUAUUUCGAAUACGGUGUUUUGGUUGGAACCAUUCCGAAACUACACUCUGAAAAUAUAUAAAAUAGAUAUUUACGAGGAGGAGAUUUCAGAUGGGCAGUUUAAUCUUUUUAUGUCAAGAUUUUUAUUCAGUCCGAAAGGAGCUCGAUUUCAAGCGAAUUUUAAAUUUGCUCAGCCGCUGAAGUGUGGGCAACCAGCGUCAAAGAUACAGAUGUCAAGUUUUGAUUAUGUCUUUCGGCCAUUUUCUGGCCCAGCUGAACAUGUCCCAGCCAUGCGUCGUGUGAUGCGAAUCUCAAAAGAUCUAAAUCUUACCACUGGGGACCGUUUUUCAACCUCAUGGUCACGAAUAUAUGCCACGUGGAUUACUGAUGAGAUAAUUGAUGAUGAAGUGAUUCGUAAUAUUCAGUUAGCGUUGAUUGCAGUCAUGGUCUGCACAUCUUUAUUAAUCGCUAAUAUACAGAUCUGUUUCUGGGUGUUUGUGAUGAUCAUUCUUUCAAUGGUCAAUGUUUGCGGGUUCAUACAGCGUUGGGGUAUUACUAUUGAUAUUGUUUCGUGUGUUGCGUUGCAAUUAGCGAUUGGGUUGUGUGUUGAUUAUGCAACACACAUUGGUCACAAAUUUCUUACUAUUGAUGGUGAGGAUAAACAAGAGAGGGUUUUGAAAACUGUUACGUCUAUUGGGUCGGCUGUGUUGUAUGGCGGCUGCUCAACGUUGAUUGGUGUUACCAUGUUGGGUUUCUCAGAUUCAUAUAAUUUCAGGACAUUUUUUAAAAUUUUCUUAUUGGUCGUGAUAUUUGGCCUAUUUCAUGGCGUUGUCCUUCUACCUGUGAUACUGAGUUGGGUAGGGCCUAAACCCUACAAUAGUCAUAAAAAUGGCGGGCGUCAUAGGGAUGAUACUGUGGAGUCGAGUGAUAUGAUUGAAGCACAUGAAGUCACUGCAGUCAAUGCAAUUACAUAAAAUGUAUUUAAAUUGAGAUAUUAAGUUAAUGGUUAAUAAAUUAUUUGUAAUUUU